GCAUACUUCCUGGUUCGGAUCUUGCUGUUGAUCUUUCAAAGCUGUGUUUGUUGAUGUGCAAUGUAACGUUAAAACUCAAAAUACCUAAAAAACAUAGGCAACAGCACAUGUUUGCAUUAAGAGGAACUCAUUGCACGAUCUGUCGUUGUCUACGCACCUGAGGAAACAUCAUGAAAAUGUCAUUCUCUUUGAUAGAGUGAUGAUGAGUAUAACAUAAGUUGGUGACUUAUGAAAUGUUAGCCUACUUUAACCCUAUCUGAAUAGCUGUGCGUUGAAAACUCUCUUUAGGCGGUUAACUGUUGUGUGUAAAAUGCCACUCGUUCCUGCAAAUCAACCGCAGUUGAUUCGAUCCAGUCAAAAGGAUGAAUACUAUCAGACAUGUCUGAAGAAUAAUGCCAACGACGUUUUCCAGGCUUUCACUGGGUCCAGGCAAUGGCUGAAAUGGAGGAAGGAAGUCGAGUUGCUUUCAGAUUUGGCCUACUACAGUUUGACAACAUUCUCAGGGUACCAGACUCUGGGCGAGGAGUAUGUGAACAUCGUGCAAGUGGGCCCCACCAGGCGCCGCGUGCCGUCGCUGACACGCCGUGGCGUGUUCAUCCUCUUCCACACCUUCGCUCCGUACCUGCUGGAUAAGAUGCUGGUGUGCCUGGAGAACGAGCUGCAGGCUGAGGACCGACCCGGUCCUCACAGGGACUCUCCGUCGCGCUGGAACCCCAUGUUCUACAUCAAAGCCUGGGUACAGCAGGCCGUGGGUGCCCUGACGGAGAACCAGAGGAAGAACUUGGUGCCGGUGCUCUAUGCCUGUCAGCAGGGCAUCACUAUUGUGCACCGCAUCCAUGUGGCUCUGUUCUACAUCUAUAGCUCCUACUACCACAUCAGCAAGAGAACGACGGGCAUCGGCUAUCUGCGAGUCCUAAGCGGCGCAGGGGAUGAGAAGGCGAUCCGUAACAGCUACAGGCUCCUGGGCGCAGUCUCCCUGCUGCAGCUGGCCAUCACGCUGGUCCUGCAGGUCAACAACCUCCGGCAGAGACAGAGGGCCAGGCAGGAGUGGAAACAGCACAGAAACCUGCCCUGCAGCUCCCAGGCUGCCCCUUCGCCAUCCUCGCGAACAUCUCGCUGCAUCUUGUGUCUAGAGGACAGGAGGCAUGCUACGGCCACCCCCUGUGGACACCUCUUCUGCUGGGAGUGCAUCACAGAGUGGUGCAGCAACAAGAGUGAGUGCCCUUUGUGCCGAGAGAAAUUCCAGCCACAUCGGCUGGUCUACCUGCGUGGCUACAAAUGAAGGCCCCAAGAAUUGACCCCGACUGACAGACUGUUUUUUGCUGUCGUGCCCACUGGACGACCUUGUCGGGGGUCAAGACCAGUGGGAGGGUCGUGAAUUGUGUCGUUUGCGAAAAUGUAGAAUGGGUGGGGGUGGGGUUUGCAUUUAUUUUGAUUAUUGUAAUGAGUGAUAACAUAUUCAAUGGAUGCUGGAUUGUAUCAGUCCCUUUAACUUAAUGUAAAUUAUGUUAAUUAAUAAAAUGCAACAUGUACAUUAAUGCAA